UACGCAGCUGGCAGUUCAGUUAUAAAUUGGCAGUCGGUGACUGCGGCAACGAUAACGGUAACUACAAUUCAAGUGACAUUUCGUUUAGUUAAAAUCUAAUAAGUGCGUGAAUUGCUUGAAAUUAAGUUAUACAUUAAUUAAUUAUUAUAUUAAGAAUAAGUGAAAAAGAAGUGCCGUGAUAGAAAUGUCGCCACAGAACAGUUUAAGAGAUACAAAAUUACCCAUUGAAUCGGAUUCCCAUGAAAACUCUUCGCCUAAUGUUGAAAGUAUCGAAAACAACCCAAGUGCGCGAAAUGCCAAGAAAAGUGGUGCGCUUAAAGCUUCGCAGGACACACAACUCCUGCAGCAUGACUACGACACUGUGCUUGAUAUGAUAGGAUAUGGCCGCACGCAAUGGGUACUGCUGAUCACCUGCGGCUUGCUCUUGAUGAUGGUCAUUAACGAGACAAUGGGCAUGAGUAUCAUAACGAUGGCCUCUCAGUGCGAUUUCACUACGACAUCGGUCGAUAAGGCCAUCAUGAGCGCCGCUUCAUUUGUUGGAAUAGCGCUGUUUUCAUACGUUUGGGGCUAUCUAAGUGAUACCAUAGGACGUCGGCAAAUAUUGCUCUAUGCAACUUAUGGCGGAUGUUUGUGCUCGAUGAUAUCUAUGUUCAUGCCCAGCUUUUGGCUUUUCGUAUUCAUGCGCUUCGUAGUGGGCUGUUUCAUUGCCGGUCCUUCCUCCACGACAUACGCAUUGUUGGGUGAAUUUCAUGCGCGACGGCACAAUGCCCUAGCAAUGAACUAUGCUAGUUUUUUUGUAGGCGUAGGGAUGACAUAUGUGCCUGCAAUCGCUUGGUUUGUGCUGUCCAUGGAUUGGUCAAUUCAGUUGAGCGAUAGCUUUGCGUUUCGUCCGUGGCGGCUUAUGAUGAUCUUCAAUCUGUUGCCGGGUCUGAUAGCUGCCUUGAUAUUAUUAGUGAUACCAGAAAGCCCUAAGCUACUUUUAUCUUUGCACAAAGACAAAGAAGCUUUAGCAGCAGCAAAUUGGAUUUGUGAAUGCAAUACUGGCAAAAGUUUGGAGCAGUUAGGGGUUAAGAAACUAAAGCCCGAAAUAACGAUGACAGUCGAUAAGGUGCAUAUUACGAGCAAGUCGUGCUUUCAGACGGUUAAGCAUAUUUGGCAGGAGACUCGGCCCUUAGUACAUCGCCCAUACGCUCUAAAUUUUUUCAUUAGUUGUGUCGUUAUGUGUGGCCUAUUUUUCAGCUCUAGCGGUAUGGGUCUGUGGUUUCCAGAAAUUCAAAAUAGACUCAGCAUGACUACAGCUGAAAAUCAUGAAACAAUUUGUCAAAUUAUAGGUGACACAUUUCAAAAUAGAAAUGAUCUUAUAAAUACUACGAAGGUAUGCGUCGAUGAGAUCAGCGAUAAAAGCUACAUAGACUCGAUUUCUAUGGGUAUGUGUUUCGUGGUGGGCUAUAUUCUGAUAGGCGGGGUCAUAAAAAUAUUCGGGCGCAAAGCGACAAUCAUUGGAUCUUUGUUCGUCAGCACGGUAUGCUGUGUCGCGCUGUUUUGGCUGCUCAAUCCGAUUACGAUCGUCGUAUGCUUUAUUGUGUUUCUCACAAUGCCAGGCCUGUGUAUAUCUAUGCUGGGCAGUGGUGUGGUGGAACUCGUGCCCACUCAUUUGCGCGGUAAAGCGGUUUGUAUUUGCUUAUUGCUCGGCCGUACGGGCAGCGUUUUCGGUAGCAACCUCAUCGGCGUGUUGUUGGAAUCCAAUUGCCAUUUGACUUUUGGCCUUUUCACUGGCUGCGUUUUGAUUUGCAUGCUGCUUACAAUGACCCUGCCCAUUUGAGCGCGCUAAACAGUUUAAGCGAUUGCCAAUUAAAACCAGUGAUGUGGGCGUACCUGAAUACCUGUACCUCUGAUGCAUUCUGAUCUAAUAGUUUUAGGAAAUUUGUUACCUAGUCGCUCCAUAAUUUAAUGUCAUUUUGUUAUAUGCAUUGCUUAGUUGUAAGUUGUUGUAACAACAUCUAAUCGAUAACUUGUUGAAUUUAUUUUGCACAACUGCUUUUAUAUAAAUAUUUUCAACUCAACAAGCUUUUAUUGUGUGCCUUGUAGGAAAAUGUUGCCUAAAGCUGUGUUUCCAAGAUUUUUUACAAUAACUAAAUUAGAAUUACAGGUUUUCAUUUAAAACUGCAUGCCAGUAGGUAUGUACUACAUACAUACAUAUAUUUUCAUCAAUUUUAUGUACAAAUGUACUAUAUUUACAUAAGUAAUCAUUGUUGUAGUUGAAUGAGUUAGGUUUUGAUGGUAAAAUAAAAUUUUAUUGAA